UAAUCAGAACCAUGGUAUUAUUUUGACGGUAUUUUCUAAAUACUUUUUACACUUUUUAACUUUUUUUUAAAAACGUUGUGUGGUUUCACGCAAUAUUUACUUCCUAAAAGUUUAGUAAGUUUUGCUUUUAAAUGUUUAUGGCAGUAUUUUUUACCUGUCAAUCAAACCCGUUGACAGAACUAGCAAGUUUGUUCACCUGUUUGUAAACAUCGUACAGGCUCGAGCUCUACAAAAUAGCAGACCACCGAUGACGACUUGAACUGGUUGGCAGGAAGUGAGCAGGAACAUGGCGGUGGCUGGGGAGGGUCAGCUCCAGAGGAUUAUCAGAGAGUUGCAUGAUGCCGUGUCAGAGCUCACCAAAGAGUAUAAAGAGAGCGGAGAGCCAAUCACAGACGACAGCAACAACCUGCAUAAGUUCUCCUACAAGCUCGAGUACCUUCUACAGUUUGACCAGAAGGAGAAGACCAAGCUUCUGGGCACAAAGAAGGAUUACUGGGACUAUUUUAACGACUGUCUGUCCAAAAUCAAAGGAGCCAACGAUGGUAUUCGCUUUGUCAAGUCCAUUCCUGAGCUAAAAACAUCGCUGGGUAAAGGUCGAGCGUUUAUCCGAUACUCUCUGGUGCACCAGCGGUUAGCUGACACCCUUCAGCAGUGCCUCAUGAACCAAAGGGUCACCAGUGACUGGUAUUAUUCCCGGAGUCCCUUUCCAAAGCCACAUCUCAGUGCGGACAUUAUUAACUCUCUUUACGAGCUCAACGAAGUCCAGUUUGACGUCGCGUCCCGGGGUCACGACCUUGAUUCAGCCUGGCCCACUUUUGCAAGGAGGACUCUGGGAAUGAGCAACUCCCCAAACCACGUGUGGAAAGCGCCGAGCCGCAGCUCCAGCAUUAACAGCCUGGCCAGCUCAUAUUCACAGGCCCCAGAGUUUCUCUGCAGUCCAGAGUUUGAGCAUAGCUCGCUAAGUGAAACUGCAGACCCGUUGUCCGAUUCUGUAAUCACCACCAUGGACGAGCUUCGUCUGGAGCUGGAUCAGUCUGAGCUGAAACAGCGGGAGCUUGUGGAGCAUGUUCAGCAGCUUGGCAGCGAGGCCACAGAGCUACGUGAGGUGGUGUCCACACUUCAGAGGCAGCUGGACAUUUCAUUAGCAGCUCAGUCUAACCAUCAGGAGCUUCAGCUUAAGCUGGAGGUGCUGGCAGAGAGGGAACGGACACUAGCCCAAGAUCUGGAGGUCCUGAGGGGACGUGAGGCUGUUAAAGAGGCAGCAAGUCAGACAAUUCAGGAGAAGUUAGCAGCUGCAGAAAAAAGAAACCAGGAACUGUUGGCUAAACUAGAUGGUGUGCUUGAGGAGAAGGGGCAGAAAACAGCCAGCCAAUUUGACUCUGCCCAAAAGAUCCAUGAACUCCUGGAUGGACUGAAGGAAGCAGAGAAAGGCAGGAUAGAAGCACUAGCACAUGGUGAAGAGAAAAGGAUGCAGGCUGAACGUCUGGCUGAAGAGCUCAGAAUGAAAGAGCAAGCCCUGAGAGAUGGAGAAACUAAAAUGGCCGCUUUAACAGAGAAGGGUACAAAGUUGAUGAAGCAGGCUGAAGAACAACGUAAUGCCAUGGAUAAACUCCAGGAGGACCUGUCAGUGAGAGAGAAGGAAGCGAGCGGUCUUCAGAAAGACCUGCAAGAUCUUCAGUGCUGUCUGCAGGCGAUGGAGCAACAGGCUUCUGAAGAGAAGAAAAGGUCUUUGGAGGAGAGAGAGGUGCUGCAGAAAAAGUUGAGCUCUUUAAAAGUAAGCCUAGAAGUUCAGGCGCAAAAACUAAAGUCCCAACUCAAGGCUAAAGAAACUGAACUUAUUUCCAGUGUGAAGAAGAUCCAGCAUUUGGAGGCUGAAGCUGAGAAGAUUGCAGCAGAGAAACAGGGUCUGAACGGGAGUAUAGUAACGCUGGAGACACGCAUCAAAGAUCAGGCUAAGAUGAUAGACGAAUACAAGACCAGUCUCACAGAGCUGAAAAACAAACUCCUCCAGACAGACAAGAUCAACGAGGAAACCAAGAAGCAGCUGAUGGAAAGCAAGGUUUCGUUAGAAAAUGAACUGGCUGGUCUCAGGGCAUCCGAAAAGCAGGUCAGAGGUCAACUUAAUGAUGCCAAAGUGACAGUGGAUGAGCGAGGACAGCAGAUGCGUGAGGAGAAUCGCAGUCUGGAUGAGAAGCUCCAGAAAGCCAUCAUGCAGGUUAAGGAGUCAGAAAGUGUUGUCCACAAGUUGGAGCAGGAGAACACAGAUCUCAGGGAGGAGAACAUAAAGAGUAAAGAUGCAGUCACUGCAGUACAGGAAGAACUACGCAAACUUACCGACCAGAUCAGGGGUCUAGAGCAUAGCCUAGAGGUGGCAAACUAUAAUGAGGCAAACCUCACUUUACAGCUAAAGGAACAAAACUCCCAGCUGGAAGACAGAGAGAAGCUUUGUGAGGAGCUUCAAGAAAGAUUAGAUGAACUGGAAGCCCAGGAGGAAGAGCUGGCAGCAGGGAAGGCAGAUGCAGAGCAAGCCUUGGAGAAGCAGAGGGAUAUGAUUGAAAGGUUGGCGGCCCAGAGGACAGCGGUGGAAAAAGCUCAGCUGGAGACGAAUGCCUGCCGUGCAAAGGAAGCCAAGGACAUGGCCUCAAAAGUAGCAAUACUGGAGGAGCAGCUGAACCUCAAUGGGAAAGAAGUGUCCAGGCUUCUAGAGGAAGUGGUGGACUUAAAGGCCAAGCUGCUCUUUUCUGAGGAGGAGAAUUUAAGGAUCCAGACUAAGCUGGAAAUCACAGAGGCAUCUAGGCUAGAGCUGCAGACUUUGACAGAACAUCUAAAAAAGCAAGCUGAGGAGCAGAACCGUAUUCACAUCAAAGAACUUCUACAGUCCAAGCAGCACAUGGAGUCGAUAUCAAUACAGCUCGACGCAGAAAGAUGUGCUGUUGCUAAAAUAUCAGCCGAGUUCGCUGCAGCCCAAGACGACCUGGCUGUACUAAAGACCCAAAACGAACAACUGGUUAUGGAGAACGCCGAGAGCAGAGAGGGACACCACAAAGCCAACACGGAGAUGGCUGAGCUGGGACUGACCAUCUGCAAGCUGACAGCGGAACGGGAGGAAGCUCAAAAAUGCUGGGCAGCCCAGAGCACCCUGAUCCACGAGCUGGAGGAGCGGGGCAAGCAUGAAACAGAUCGUCUGAAUGCCAGCAUGGCCGCACUGCGGCAGGAGAAUGCCAGUUUGCGAGAGGAGCUCCUACAAACGGAGAAGCUUCCUGAAACUUUGCUGGAGCUGAAGGAGAUGCUGGAGAAAUCUGAGCGUGAGAGAGAUGUGGCACAUGAGGAGACAGCAUCCAUUAGGUUUCAGAUGAGUACAGAGAAUAUGGCGCACCAAAACCAGGUGAAGAGCUUAAAUGACAAGCUUGAGAGUUUAAAAGCGCAGCUAAUGUCUGAAUGCGAGAAGACGUCCAGCCUGGAGGUCAGAGUCACAGAGUUAGAGAAUUUGAAUUCAGACUGCUCUCGACUGAUGGGGGACAAAGAUUCGCACAUUACGAAGACGGAAAGCCUGAUUCGCUGUGCAGAGGAUGAAAUUCAGCAGCUGAAGGAGAGAGCGACAUGUGUGCAGGAGGCUCUUGCACUAGCACAAACGGAGAAAGGCGAGCUGAAGGAAAAGUUGGAGAAGGUUCAGUCUGAUGCUCAAGCCGAGCAAAUCAAAAUGUCUGCCGAGAUUGAAGACCUCGGCAACACGAAAACCAAGCUGGAGGAGCGGCUCAUCGAGCUCAUCAGAGAUAAGGAUGCUCUGUGGCAGAAGUCUGAUGCUCUGGAGUUUGAGCAGAAGCUGAGGGCGGAGGAACAGUGGUGGUUAGUGGACCGAGAGGCUACACACUGUCUACACUGCAACAGCCAGUUCACAUGGUGGCUUCGUAAGCAUCACUGCAGGUUGUGUGGGCGGAUCUUUUGCUACUACUGCAGUAAUAACUUUGUGAGUACGAGGUCCGGGGUGAAGAAGGAGCGCUGCUGCAUGGAGUGUUACACACACCACAGUGCCGUGGUGGAGAGAUUCACCCGCUCGGAAAUCAGCAGCACCACCGACACACCUGCAGAACACGCACACACCGCCAGCGCAGCACCACCUCCACCUGCUCCCCCAUACAUACCUACACCCAGAGUUACAGUAACUGAUCCAAAUGUAAAGCAUGAUGAUGGAGUGUAUGACAUCAUCACAGACGAUGAGGUAAACGGGCUCUACGACAGCGACACACUUUCACAAACAACCGCAGAGUCGCUGGACGGAGAAGCUGAGAGCCGGAACACUCAGGAGCCAGGUGUUUCUGGUAAAGCAGUGGUUACUGAGGAAAUGCCCCCAUCUGUACAAGAUGCUGAAAUCCAUCUACUCAAAUCAGGAGAACUUGCCUCCUUAGUCCUGCUGCACAUCGACCAGAUCCGGCAGUUUGGAGACGCUUCCCGUGAGCUCUUCAUCAAGUCCAGUUGCUACAGCAUCAUCUCCAUCACCGUACACGAGCACGGCCACGCCGUCGGCUGGGUUUUCUCAUCCGAGCCAAAGAGCAUCAGCUUUAGUGUCGUCUAUAGAGAAUCUACAAACACACCUGAGGAGCAGGCCAAGGUUCUGAUCCCCCUGACUCGGUGUAACGCGCACAAGGAGACCAUUCGUGGCCAGCUGAAAGCCAGAAACCCCGGAGUCUACACACUCAUCUUUGACAACUCCUACUCCAGGUUCAUCUCCAAGAAAGUCAACUAUCACUUGACCACCGAAAAGCCCAUCAUCUACGAUGGAAGUGACUGCCCUUAGACCCACGCUGGAUUUUUCUUUUUUUUUAUUUUGUUCCCUUUUCAGCACAACAUGUUGAUCUUCGUUUGGUUAGCACUACAAAAACGAGACGAAGAUCCGAAGGAGCGCUCGGAGGCCGUGUUUGUUAUUAACGAUGUGCCUUUCUGCUUAUUAAUAACGUGUUCCUUUCUUUAAAUUUUUAAUCACUGCACUUUUUAAACAGCAUAUCACAUUAGACGUAAAAGCCAAGCUACACACUACAUCAUCAGUCUGCUGCUAAUGGAAGGGAAUUAUAUAUUUAUAUAAAAACAUAUUUCCGGAUUUUCACACGAGGUUUCUCGAGCGAAAACGUCUUUUUAAACUCCAGCUCUAAAAGCAAAUCAAAGUAAAACGACACUUUUUUCCCUCUCAAAGCGGAGACGGCACAAUUUACCAAAGCUGGAGGUUUCUCACAGUCAGGGAGGUUUUUUUAAUACUGUAAAUUGCAGCUAAGUUCUACAUUACGGGCGACAAUCAAGUACGACGUCUAAAAUAUCCAGGUGCUGUGAGGUAACUGUCGCCUCGACAACCAAAGACAAGUCAAGGAUGAUGAAGCAACACACACAAACACACACACACACACACACACACACACACACACUAUACACACUAUAGCUUUUAGAGGUAGAGUGUGUGGUGGUCUGGGAAAAACCUUUUAUACUGUAUGUAGAAAUUUUCACCAGACAUUUUUUUUAUCUCCUGUGAUGUAUCUCAAGCACAAGCAACGUUCUGACACUAAAUUAAAGAACGUCGAGAAAAAAUUGUUUGACAUUUCGACAGCCGGCGUCUGAUUGCGAGUUGUUCGCCAUGUGACGAACUCACCUCGUAAACGUGGGAAAGUUCUGAAUAGCAGCAUUUUAGCAUCAACGCAAAGAAAGAACAAUAAAACAUCCGACGCUUGAUGUUUUUUAGCAACCGGCUACACAAAUACCUGCAGCGAGGGUUGUAUAAUUUCCUCCUCGAUACUGUUACCAUAACAUUAUUAUAUUAUUAUAUUGUUAUUAUUAUAUUAUCAUUAUCAUAAUUUCUUUUAAAUGUAAACAGUGCCACUUGGUUUUAACGUCGAGGCUGCGAGCGACCAUGUCGGUAGCCUAGGAUGUGGUAGCCUAGUGGUUAAGGUGUUGGGCUACCAAUCGGAAGGUUGUGAGUUCGAUUUCCAAGUCCACCAAUCUGCCACUGCUGGGCCCCUGAGCAAGGCCCUUAACCCUCAAUUGCUCAGUUGUAUAAAAAUGUGAUGAUAAAAUGUAAGUCGCUAUGGAUAAGUGCGUCUGCUAAAUGCUGUAAAUGUAAUGUUGAGUUUCGGUCACUUGCUGAACUCAGAGUUGUGUUCAGUGACAUUUAACAGCUUUUCCCACACCAACACACACACGUCUCAGGGGUUUUAUCUCACUAAACAAACAACACGAAACACGAACACUAACAUCAGCCAAAGUGCCUUAAAUGAAUGAAGUACUUGGAAAAGAAAGUCAAACAUCUCCAAGCUUUUAUACCAAUCUGAAUUAAAACACUUACACAGAUAAUCUAUGUUUUUUUUUUUUUUUUUUUUUUUUUUUUUUUAAAUCUGUUAAAUUACAAAUGUAAAGAAUUGUUUAUUAUUUAAAAGUACUUGUUUAUGUGAAAAACAUGAUGAAAGACAGGGAGUCGUUUCUCGUUUCAAAUUUUUUUUUACUUAUUCGUCUAUUUGUCGUUACAAGAAUUGUUCGCCAUCCAAAGCAGCACUGCGAUAAUCAACGUGUCAUGGAGAAAACAACGUUAUUUACAAUUUUAAAGAACAAACACUAAGCGUCCGUCGCAGUGGGCCGAGGAUAUGCUGGUGACAUUCACGGUGUUUCCAACAUCUCCUGGAAUAUUCAUUUUAUCUGUGGUACAUGCACGGAGUCAGCUUCACCCUUCUGUCCUCUUUCCCUCCUAGUUAUCACAAAAAAAAGUUGCCAUUUUUUAAUUUUUUUGUUUUAAUCAUUUUAUUGUUUCAUUCUAUGUUUUGACGCAGCCGUAAAGCCGACGUGACCGCGGCUGCUUUCAGCUGAGUAUCACAACACUGCAGGAUUUUCUACACGGUUUCGUUCGAGUCGUUCUUUGGUUUUCACGUACGGAUAUACAUCUCAUGUUUUUUAGACAGAUGUUUUUAAGAGCGUUCCUGGUCACUAAGGUGAUAUACAGGUGAUAUACAGUAUGUAAACUCUACCGAGCUUUCACAAGUCGCUGUUAUGAGUUUGUUGUACAUUUUAAAACGAUGUAAUAAAUUUUUAUUUAACGAUU